UUAACAAUAUAGACUUUGUACAAUUGUAGAUGCAUUUUUUUUUUGAACAAAUUGCAUGUAGGAGUACAAAAUGAAAUCAAACUAGCAAUGUUGGGCAGGUCCUAACAAUAUGGUUCUAUUGGCAUCCCCCAUUUUACUAAAAUAAAAAGUUUUCUCCCAAUAAAAUUCAUCGCCAAACUAAUUGUCCUGGCAGCGUCCAACACCACAACCGCAUUUACAUCACUGCUCGUUUCCUCCUUACCGGAGAAAGUGGUUUAGAAGCUCGGUCAAAAUAGCACGAGACUGGAUCCACCUUCUCUGUUUCUUCUAAGCGAGGCCCGCAAAAUAGUUUCCGGUUUCCUUUUUAGGUCGUCCCAGAAAAUAGUUCUCAUUUCUCCUUUUGGAAAGUUUUGUGUGACUCAUAUUCAUUUACCUUUUUCUUAUUCAACUACUCCCUCCGUCCCUGUUUUUUCUCCCAUUUCGGCUGGGCACACUAAUUAAGAUAGUGGGUUUUAUGUGGUGGAGAGUUGUGCAGAGGAGAGAGAAAUGUGUAAGAAUGUGUAAGAAUGAUUGUGAACCACAAAUUCUUUGCCAAAAAGGGAAGGAAUAGAUAAUUUUGGGACGGACGAAAAAGGAAAGUUUGAAGAUAAUUCAGGGACGGAGGUAGUACAAUCAUACAUUUUCACUUUAUUCCAAUUUUCUUAAACUCCAAUCGAUCCAAGUUAAUGCGGAAUUAUUUUAUGGGAGGGGAGUAAUAUUUUUGAUAUUGUUCCAAAAAAUGCGCUAUCAGCGGUUUUUGAAUCGAAACUGGGCAUUGUUGGUGGUUUGGAAUCAAACAAACGUACCCACACACCCAUAAUAAAGUCCCCGAGUUUCACUCAAUUCGUUUCCCGCCUCUGUCAUCCAGCACCAAUGGCGGACAACAAGAAGAAGAAGCGUGGGCGAGCGACCCACGAAACAGGCGCUGACCGGAUCCCCUUCAAAUCCAAGGUCAAACCAGACUCUGUAAUUCUCCAAACCCUAAAAACCUUAAAGGAAGCCGCGCUAGCUUCCUCCUCCUCCUCCUCCAAAGCCCUAACCCUUUCCGACCUCGACCUCACCGGUUCCUUCCGCGAAGUCAAAGAUCUCCCGCUUUCCUCUGUGAAAACCACCAUCGAGGAUCUCUUCCUCACCCUUGCACGCUCCAUCCUCUCCGGCCAAGGCUUUUCCUACUCCGUCCCCUCCCGCUCCGCCGCCAACCAGCUCUACAUUCCCGAACUCGAUCGCAUCGUACUUAGGGACAAGGCCUCUGUUCGCCAAUUCGCCAAUGUUUCCACCGUCCGCAAAACCACUAUCACCACUCGCAUCCUCCGCCUCAUCCACGAGCUCUGCUUGAAAAACAUCCACGUCACAAAGCGUGACCUCUUCUACUCCGACGUGAAGCUGUUUCGGGACCAGACGCAAUCCGACGCUGUUCUAGAUGAUGUGUCGUGUAUACUCGGCUGUACCAGAUCUAGCCUGAACGUGGUCGCUUCUGAGAAAGGGGUUGUUGUGGGAAGGCUUAUUUUCAGUGACGCUGGUGAUGUAAUUGACUGCACGAAGAUGGGAAUGGGAGGGAAGGCCAUACCCCCAAACAUUGAUCGGGUAGGGGAUAUGCAAAGUGAUGCACUCUUCAUACUAUUGGUGGAGAAGGAUGCUGCUUAUAUGAGACUGGCAGAGGACAGGUUUUACAAUCGAUUUCCUUGCAUAAUUGUGACGGCCAAAGGACAGCCAGAUGUAGCCACUAGGCUGUUCUUGAGGAAAAUGAAGAUGGAGUUGAAUUUGCCUGUGCUAGCUUUGGUAGAUAGCGAUCCCUAUGGAUUGAAAAUUCUGUCUGUGUAUGGGUGUGGAUCGAAGAACAUGUCCUAUGACAGUGCAAAUUUGACAACCCCGGAUAUAAAGUGGCUGGGGGUUCGGCCUAGCGAUUUGGACAAGUAUAACAUACCUGCGCUGUGCAGGCUGGAUAUGACGGAGCAGGAUAUUAAAACAGGGAAGGAUUUGCUGGAAGAAGACUUCGUAAAGAAGAACCCGGGGUGGGUUGAAGAGUUGAGUUUGAUGGUUAAAUCCAAACACAAGGCUGAGAUUCAGGCUCUGAGCUCAUUUGGCUUUCAGUAUCUCACCGAGGUCUAUUUGCCAUUGAAGCUUCAACAGAAAGAUUGGAUCUAAUGAUGCAGACAUGCCUAGUUUAAGCGUAUAAUAAAUUUUCUGCAGGGAUGGUCAAAUAGCUGCUAAAACUGAAGACCCCAUUGACAUGUAAACUGGUUUCCCGUCUGACAUCAGCUUUCCAUUUUCAGUUUUGGCCAGUGACUGAAAAACUGAAAACCGUACUGGCUUUAAUCAAGAGUCCUAUUCCCAUAGACGGAACAAUAAAUUAAAUUGAAAAAAUUCCACUUUUGGUCCCAUGACUAUUAUACCACUUCCACAUUUAGUCUCCUACUUUUAGAUUUUCCACAUUUAGUCCGUGACCAUUAUUCCCUCACCACCUCUCGUCCUUCCGGCCAAAAUUCCGGCAAAUUUAAUGCAUAUUUUAGGUAUGAAAAACCAAAUUUAAUUGAAAGACUGAUAUGAAAAACCCAACCUGAUACAAAAAUAAAUGCAAAGACUGAUUGUGAGGUUGAGAAGUGGACUAAAUUUGUCGGAAUUUUGGCCGGAAGGACCGAGGGUGGUGAGGGGAUAAUGGUCACGGGCUAAAUGUGGACAAUAUGAAAAUAAUGGACUAAAUGUGGAAGUGGUAUAAUAGUCAUGAGAUCAAAAGUGGAAUUUUUUCAAAUUAAAUUAGAAGUCAUAAAUCCAUAACAGCAAAUCUUAAAUCCUCAUCCCCCAACCGAUUGUCUGUAUACAUUUUCAAGAACGAACCUUUAGUGAAGUCUAAUAAAUCCCCAUCUUUCAUAUUUGCUUCAGCCAUGUUGCAAUUUGCUUAGAUCUGCAAGACUGCAACUAAUCCUAUUUUUCCUCAUAUUAUUUUUACGGUUCAGAU